GAGACCAGACUCACGCAGCCUGGCUGCCUCAAGGUCUGGCUUGUGCUAAUUUCUCUCUUUCCCAGGUUCCCUUGAGCCCUCACCCGUCCUUCAACUGCCACAAUGAGAUAUAUGCCAGAACUCAAAAAGUCCCACCCGCAUUUCCUGAGGAGUUUUGCAGUGUGCGACAUUCCUCUGGACCACAUAUGCAGCCACGACAUCAGCAGAGAUCAGUGCAAGGGACUCGGGCGCUGCUUUCACAGAGGUGUCUGCAAUGAAAAGUCAGUUUCCAUUUAUGUGCACGUGUUUUGUGCCUUGAUCCUGAUCAUUGCUGCAGCCUUUAUUAUCACCAUGAUUUACAGAGUUGUCCAAGAAAGGAAAGAAAAGGAAGCCACUAUGGAAUUGCCUUUGUCAUUCAAGUCUGGAGGUGAAGUCGCGGCAGCUGCUGCUGCCCGUAAGCUGGCAGUGUUGAAGGCUCGGACUGCCAGAGCACUGCCGUGUGCCGGAUGUGCCAGGAACACCGAUAAGACAACAGUGACAGUAAUGAAUACUGAAGAAACUAAGGAUUGAAAUGCAUGAUGAAGAAAACGUGAAGAUUGGCAGAAAUAUCCAAAUGAAACAGUACCAUUGUGAACCACUCUUAAACAUGGCAUGGAAUGACUACCCAAUUAGGAAAACA